GCUGACCACUGGGUGCAGUUGACACCCAGCGGCUCGGCGCCCCCAGCCGUCGAGAGACAUGCAAUGGCCUGCAGUGACGCAGCAGACGCCUGCUACGUGUUUGGUGGGCUGGUGGCAAGCACUGGCCAAGAUAAAACGAAUGGCCUCUACAACUACUCAAGGUCUGGAGAGGCUCCAACAAGCACCACGACGACUACAACGACGACAGCGGCUACACCGACAAGUGCCAACACUGCAACAACGGCAGCGGCCACAACAAAUACAACGAGUACAAUGACAACUUCUACGUAUGUCUCCUCCGCACGGGACCCUGUAAUCCCCUUCUUUUUGUGUCUCCUUGCGGUCAGGGGCCCUUGA